GGAGCGAGGUGUAGGGAUGCAGCGCCCCGGGCCCUUCAGCACCCUCUACGGGCGGGUCCUGGCCCCGCUACCCGGGCGGGCCGGGGGCGCGGCCUCCGGCGGAGGCGGGAACAGCUGGGGCUCCCUGGGUUCCCAUGUGCAGCCGCCGGGGCGUGCACAGUCCGGCACUCGCGGCGGCGCUGGCACCACAAGCACCAGCGGCGGGGACGCCAGUAGCGUCUACCCGGCCCCCUCCACGAUGAUGAAGGCCGAGGAGGCCAAGAAGUUGGCGGGCCGCACGGCUGUGGAGAACCACGUGAGGAAUAACCAAGUGCUGGGAAUUGGGAGUGGUUCUACAAUUGUCCAUGCUGUGCAGCGAAUAGCUGAAAGAGUGAAACAAGAGAAUCUGAACCUUGUCUGUAUUCCUACUUCCUUCCAGGCCCGUCAGCUCAUCCUGCAAUAUGGCUUAACCCUCAGUGACCUGGAUCGACACCCAGAGAUUGACCUUGCCAUCGAUGGUGCUGAUGAAGUAGAUGCUGAUCUCAAUCUCAUCAAGGGUGGUGGAGGCUGUCUGACCCAGGAGAAGAUCGUGGCUGGCUAUGCUAGUCACUUCAUUGUGAUCGCUGAUUUCAGGAAAGAUUCAAAGAACCUUGGGGAUCAGUGGCACAAGGGUAUUCCCAUUGAGGUCAUUCCAAUGGCCUACGUCCCAGUGAGCCGAGCUGUGACCCAGAAGUUUGGGGGCGUGGUUGAACUUCGAAUGGCCAUCAACAAAGCAGGUCCUGUGGUGACGGAUAAUGGGAAUUUUAUCCUGGACUGGAAGUUUGACCGGGUACAUAAGUGGAGUGAAGUGAAUACAGCUAUCAAGAUGACCCCAGGCGUGGUGGAUACAGGUCUGUUCAUCAACAUGGCUGAAAGAGUUUACUUUGGGAUGCAGGAUGGCUCAGUGAACAUGAGGGAGAAGCCUUUUUCUUGACCCAGCAAGGUGAAGAGUGUGUUCACCUUGAGUAUCCAGCCCACAGCCAAGGUGGAUGUGCCUCGCCAGGAGCCUUUGCCUUAAUGUAUCUGUGCCAGGGUGGACAGCUGGCAGGGUGGGGGUGGGGGGGAGUGGUUAAAUCUGAAGUAUUGUUAUUAUAAAUGUCUUUUUAAAAAGAGAAAUAUAA